AUGACGAGGUGGUCCGAAUUCCUUGCUGCAUACAACUACAAAUUAAUCUACCGGCCGGGAAAGAACAUAACACAUGCUGAUGCCCUGAGCCAUUCUCCCCUACCUGAGUUAGAGGAUGAUCCUGCACCAACCACAUCAACACUGCACAUUGAGACGCUGGCAAACCUACCCAUAACAGCAACAGACAUUGCAAAGGAAACCACGAGAGACAGAAUCCUGGCGCGGAUUUUAAAUUGGUCCCAGUGCGGAAAGAUGCCAAAUUUUUCUUUUUCAACGGCCCAUAAUUUCCUCCGUUUCACUCCUGAAUCUUUGGAUUCGGUUAGAAAGAGAAUUGCUGAGAAGGAAGCCAGUCGCUCCAAAACCUCAGAAAAGGCCAAUAAUGAAACGCAAGAAGAAAAUAUUCAACCACAGCUUGAUCUGAAAGUUUUUAAAAAGCUGCCUGUUCUUUAUGGGAAGCCCCCUCCUUGGCUCAUCGGAGAACCGUUGGAAGACGUUGAUCCCUAUUACAGGGAUCAUGAGACGUUUAUGGUGCUGUCAUCCCGAAGUAGAAUCUUUCGAUUUACGGCCUCCAAAUCUUUAUUUUUAUUUAGUCCAUUCCACCCACUAAGAAGACUAGCUAUAAAAAUUUUAAUACAUAUUAUGUUUAUUGCAUUUAUAACGUGUGUUGUUCUCGUCAACUGCGCUUUUAUGGCUUUAAACACUCCUCCAACUGAUGGCAACACUACUGAAAUUAUUUUCACCAGCAUUUACACAGCGGAGUUUGUAGUCAAAGUGAUAGCACGAGGAUUUGUUUGUAAUGAAUUCACUUACCUGCGAGAUCCUUGGAAUGUCUUGGAUUUCUUUGUUUUAAUAAUGACAUAUGUAGCUUUCAAUCAAAAAUUUGGCAGCAUUUCAGCUCUCCGAAUUUUCAGGAUUCUGAGAACUUUAAAGGCAGUUUCUGUAAUUCCAGGCUUGAAGAUCAUUAUAUCUUCCCUUCUUCAGUCGGUAAAAAAACUUGCAAAUGUGAUGUUGCUGACGGUUUUCUUCUUGGCUGUGUUUGCAUUGGUUGGUCUUCAGCUCUUCAUGGGUAACUUAAGACAUAAAUGUGUUGCCUGUUCGCUUCUCAAUGAAAACGUCAACAAAACUGAUUGUUUAUUAAAGGAUGCAGGUAAUGUAUACGUUUCCUGUCUUUUGGAACUAGUUUCACAAAGUCUCCUGGCACUGUCAAAUGAAAACUCGGAAGGGCCCAGUGAAGAAUCUGAAAAUAAAAAACGGAAAAGAACUUUUAAGAGAAAGAAGAAGUGCAAAAACACAAAAUCCAAAACCUAUGGAGAAGACGAAACAAUGUUUUAUUCACCACCUGAUAAAAGUCAAAAGGAACUUAAGGAGAUGGUGAUGUCCUAUCAACUACCUCUUACAAUGCUUGAUGACCCAUUUCAAAGGCAGAAAUUAACAAGUGCUGCCAAUGUGAUUAGCAAAACUAUGGAAUGGGAAGAAUCCAAAUUUGAAUUUCCUCCCGGCCUGAAAGAAGCUAUCAAAAAGCAUCUGAUUUGGCAGUGCUGUUCGCUGUGGUUGCAAAUAAAGAAUAUAUUGAAGAAAAUAAUGAUAAAUCCUUUAAUGGAACUAUUUAUUACACUGUGCAUUAUAACAAAUACCAUGCUGAUGGCAUUGGAAAAACUUUCAUUAUCACCAGAACAGGUUACUAAAGGAAAUAAUGUGUUCACUGCCAUUUUUACAGCUGAAAUGGUCCUCAAGAUGAUUGCCCUAGAUCCGUAUUACUAUUUUCAGUGCUCCUGGAAUGUGUUUGACUUCACUGUGGUUAUUGUAGGCAUAAUAAACCUGUUGCUAAACAUGCGAGCACCAAUUUUCAGAACGUUGAGAAUCUUCAAACUUUCAAAAUUUUGGCCAGCUUUAAAUAAGCUUAUGAAAAUAAUGUUGAAAUCAGUAGGCCCUCUGGGUAACCUCACCCUUGUUCUGAUAUUCACUGUAUUCAUUUUUGCUGUGGUCGGCAAGCAAGCCUUUGGGAAUUAUUACAGCGCUGUCACUGCUAAUGCUAGCAUCUGCAACAGCAAUAGUGUGCCAAAUUGUGCUUCCACUAACAGUUCUGAGACAUGCCAGUUGCGCUGGCAUAUGAAGGAUUUUUUACAUUCAUUUCUUAUUAUAUUCCGAAUUCUGUGCGGAGAAUGGAUUUCUACCAUGUGGGAGUGCAUGCAAGUUGCUGGGGAAGGACGGUGCAUAAUUCUAUUCAUGCUGGUCCUGAUUUUAGGAAACCUGGUGGUCCUCAAUCUCUUUAUUGCUCUGCUGCUGAGUUCCUUCAGUAGCAGUGGUUCCGAAACAGAGGAAGAUAACUGCAAACCUGACCCUGGAAAGGCUUUGGCACUUAUUCAGAGAGGGCUGCGAUUUGUCAGACUUUUCCUGUGGGAUUGGUGUUGCCAUGUCUUCCUGAAGAAGCUGAGGAUAACAGGCACGAAGAAAAAGAGUGAGACCACCCUCACUGAAAGAUCCUGUGAUGCCGAACCCACGAAAGAGAUGUCAGCGAACUUUGCUGGCAUGGAAUCCUCCGGGAACUGGGAUAAACUUCCGUGGGAUAGAAAGCAGGAAGAUUUCACGAUAGAUUACAGAGAGAUCCCCCCUAUUCCCCUGGCUGAACUGGAGACAUUAAGCAUUGAGGAAAUGGACCCUAGUACCCUGGAGAACAAUCUGCGAAAGAGGAGAGAGAUACACCAAGGCCAAAAUCGAAGACUCUCUUCUCAAGUUUCUGACACUACAAGUAUUUGGUCUUUGGAUAUACCCAAGAGAUCGGAUUGCGAUACGAGCUGUUCAGAGAUCAGCACAGUGGAUCAGAGAUCUCCUGUCCAUCAGGUGCUUGAAGUCAAAAAGGAACCUCAGGACUGCUUCCCACAAGUCUUCAUGAAAUUGUUUCCAUGCUGCAGAGUGAAUACAGAUACAUUUCCAGGCAACACUUGGUGGAGAUUUAGAAAAACCUGCUACAAAAUUAUAAAACAUAAUUGGUUUGAAUCCUUUAUUAUAUUCAUGAUAUUACUGAGUAGUGGUGCUCUGAUCUUUGAAGACAUCUACCUUAAUAGAAGAAAGAUCAUAAAAAAUAUUCUCGACUAUGCCGAUGUAUUCUUUUUCUGUAUCUUUUUCUUGGAGAUGCUUCUCAAAUGGGUGGCCUAUGGCUUUAGGAAAUAUUUUACUAAUGGCUGGUGUAUUCUUGAUUUCUUUAUUGUAUGUGUAAGUACCUUGUAUUUUCUUGUUAUGUGCAUUGGUGCAAUCAAUAUCUCCACGAAAUCUCUAAGAACAUUGAGGGCCCUUAGACCUCUUCGAGCACUGUCUAGAUUUAAAGGAAUAAAGGUUGUUGUGAAUGCUCUGGCUGGCGCUAUCCCUUCCAUUGGAAACGUGCUUCUUGUCUGCAUUGUACUUUGGCUGCCAUUUAACAUCUUAGGAGUGCAAUUGUUUGGAGGGAAGUUUUCAUGUUUGAACGUUGAAAAUAAGAAAAGUUGUAAUAAUAGGGCUAUCAACUUUGAUCAUGUUGGGAACGGGUACCUAGCUCUCCUUCAAGUGGCAACAUUUAAAGGCUGGAUGGACAUUAUGUAUGCUGCAGUAGAUUCAGCUAAUGAAAAUUCCACCCAGCCAUGUUUUGAAAACAACGUAUAUGCAUACAUUUACUUUGUGGUUUUUAUUAUAUUUGGAUCCUUCUUCAUGCUGAACCUCUUCAUUGGUGUGGUUAUUGAUAAUUUUAACCAGCAAAGAAAAAAGAUAAGUGGAGAACUCAUCUUUUUGUCAGAGGAUCAAAAGAAAUAUUAUAAUGCACUAAAAAAACUUGGUACCAAGAAACCACAUAAGACUAUUCCACGACCUCUGAACCAGUUCCAAGGAUUACUUUUUGAUAUUGUAAACAAGCAAGCAUUUGAACUGUUCAUUAUCAGCCUGAUUUUCUUGAAUGUGGUGGUCAUGGCCGUGGAAUACGAAGGUCAAGAUGUGGCUGCUGACCAACUUCUUGAGAAGAUCAACUGUGUCUUUGUGGCCCUCUUCACUGGCGAGUGUGUGAUGAAACUGUUGGCUUUGAGGCUUUAUUUCUUCAAAGACUCCUGGAACAUAUUUGAUUUGGUGGUUGUCAUUCUUUCAAUCAUUAGCCUUGCAGCAACCCAACUUUGGCGACGCCUCAAUUUCCCGCCAACCAUCCUGCGUGUCAUUCGAGUGAUCCGUAUCAGCCGCCUCCUGAGGCUGAUCCGAGGCGCGAGAGGGCUGCGCACCCUGCUUUUCGCCCUGCUGAUGUCCCUCCCCGCUCUCACCAACAUCGGGCUCCUCCUCUUCCUGAUCAUGUUCAUUUACGCUAUAUUUGGCAUGGCUAAUUUCUCCUGCGCGAGUUGGGUGCAAGGGAUUGACGACAUUUUCAACUUCCAGACCUUUGGCAACAGCAUGCUUUGCCUCUUCCAGAUAACCACGUCCGCUGGCUGGGAUGAGCUUCUGGGACCGAUGCUCCUCCCCCAGGACAUCUAUAAGUGCGCUCCAAACAUCAAAUCCGCCCCACAAAAGAGCCCCUGUGUCAACAGCAAGGUGGCCAUUGCCUAUUUUGUCAGCUACGUCAUUAUUUCGUUCCUGAUUGUAGUCAACAUGUACAUUGCUGUCAUCAUCGAGAAUCUGAACGUUGCCACCGAAGAGAGCACAGAGCCACUGGGCGAUGAUGACUUUGAAAUCUUUUAUGAGAUCUGGGCAAAAUUUGACCCCAAAGCAACCCAGUUUAUCUCUUACUCAGCACUCUCCAACUUUGCAGAUGCCCUGGCAGAACCUUUGCGGAUACCAAAACCGAAUAGUCAGCAGUUGUUGUCCAUGGACCUUCCGAUAGUCAAUGGGAAUAAAAUCCACUGCCUGGAUAUUUUGUUUGCUUUUACCAAAAGGGUGCUGGGAGAAUCUGGAGAAAUGGACUCGUUUGAGUCCCAAAUAGAAGAAAAAUAUCCAGAGAAGAUUGCCUAUGAGCCGAUCGUGACAACUCCCAAGAGAAAGCAGGAUGAGUCUGCCGUCAUAAUUCAAAGAGCUUAUCGGAUGCAUCUUUUCCAGCGUGCAGGAAGGGUAGCACCUCAGGAACCCUUUGUAACCAUCUCCUUGGAGAAUAUUCCAGAAGAGGAAAACUUAUCUGUGUUCAGUCUGAGUGAAAAUGAAGGCAGCCAGUCCAAUAAUUCUCAGAGUUCGUCUUCGGUGGCCAUUCCUCCAUCCUACAGUAACAUGAUGAGCAUUGCUCCUGUCCUUCAACAGGAGGAGUCCUCAGACCAUAAGGGUGAUACAAAGUGA